AUGUCUCCGCCGUCGCCUGAGCGCCCACGGCCGCCGGAGCCGAGAGAGGCCGCUUCAGGCCAUCUCUUCCCUCCCUUUCCUCCCUAUUUGUCUACUUCUUCCUCUCCCUGCGCCAGAGGUCCACCCCUGGCCGCCAGGAGCCCGUGCCCUGCCCCGGAAUCCCACAAUCCGCUGCUGCUCAGAGCCAGGGCACAGCCAGGAGCUAGGGCAAGCAGUCGGCCUCUCCUUGUUCUCUCUCUUAGCCACCGUCUGGUCCACGUGUCCUUGCAUGAAGCCACCGCUGUUGCUGCUUUGCAUCCAACAUAUCACCGCGAUGAACAGAUCUUGCCUUGCGCGUUGGUCAAAUUAAAGUUUCUAGAAAAAGAAAGAGCAUGUUAUUGGAAAAGUAGAAAAUGCCUUGAAGUUAUUUUCUAUGAAACACUUACACCAUCGCACAAAACAAAACCUCCCGUGCCCUACUUUCCCUUCCGCCGCUCCUCCCCUUCCGCCGCGCUGUCGCUCCUCCUUCGCCCACCGUUGCUCACGCGCCGCCGCUCCUCCCCUUUCGCCGCGCGCAGUCCUGACAUUGCCGGCGUGUGUUCUCACCGCCGCCGCAGCCGUUUUCUGGUCCCACCAGUGAUUUCGCAGCGUCUUCCUCUCGGUCGUGAACAGAGUUCGCCGGCUGCCGCAUCGUUCCCUCUGACGACAAGAGAGAGAAUGGCAUUGAGGCGUCCAUUGGGAUUGUCAAAUGGGGAGUUGAUGCGAUCAGACUGCAAGCCUUGCACACGUUUGAUGCGACACACAGCUGGCAUCUUCAGUGUUGGUGGUGCCCUUUCAUUUUGGAUCCUUUGUCGUAUCCACUACGGACCACGGAUAACCAUCCCACGAACUCUUCGGUGGGCUUCAUGUGGGGCAAUAGCGGCGAGUUCCUCGUCUGCUCUGCUCGUUCGGCUCUUUAGUCCAGAAUGUGAACCUCAAAACAUUGCUGCUGUCCAACUCCCUAAGUGAGCUUUCGACUUCUCCGGCGGAAUGUCUUACUUAUCCUUAAAAUUAAGGACAGGCAAAUUGAAAUCCAGAAUUUUCAAACUGAAUUUUAAAUAAAUGAUUGUCAAUUGUGGUGUAAUAUUUAGACGGUGACUCCCAGAUGCAAAUUGAACUUCAAGUCGAAUGUAUGCUGAGCUUUGCAGUCCUGGAA